AUGGCUUUUUUAUUUGAAGAAAAUAGGGGAUUGACAGAGAUAAAAGAUCCUUACCCACAUUUAGGUCCUGGAGUUUAUCAGAUUCCUGAACAUCAAACUAAAACUGCUUAUGCUCCUUUCCUUUCGACUGGAAAGAGAUAAGUAGAAAUGAUAAACAAAUAAAAAACAUAAUUUCCAGGUCCAGGGUAAUAUGAAGUUUAAUAAAACAUGGGGGAUUCGGGAGUGCAAGCAUAUAUGAAUAAAAGCACCAUAAUAGUCAAAGUUUAAGGUAAUGGAAGUAGUUCCUUCAAAAGUGGAAUAGAGAGAUUUUAAGAGGAUAAAAAAGUUAAGGAAGUAUUUUAUAGCAAUAAAUUCAGAUUCCUGGCCCAGGACAUUAUGAUACUGUUAAAAAUAAUUCUCAUAAUUAAUAGGCAACAUCAUUUAGAAAUUAAAAAAUAGACGAUAUUAGAAAUUAAAAUCUUAAAAGACGAAUUAAAUCAAUACCUGAACCAAAAACAUAAAUAGGAAUGGUUUAUGAAGAUAUUGAAACAUUGGCAUAACAUUAAAAAGUACUUUAAGAGUAAAAGAAAUAAAAAAUUGUAGGACCAACCACUUAUGAAAUUCCAUAGUCAAAAUAAGCUAAAGGAAUUUCUUGGGAUAAAAGUACAAAGCCUCGAUUUUAAUAAGAAUAAUCUACAGAUCUUGGACCUGGUAAGUAUAAUGUUCCUGAUGAAAAAAAGAGGAAAAACAAAUCUCCUGCUUUUCUAUCUGAAACUGUUAGAUCUUACUAUGAUAAAUUAAUUUACAAAACCAAUAGAGAAAUUAAUGCUGGUUUAAGGAAAUAAAUCAAUUACAAAGAUUAAUAUUCUCCUGGACCUGGUUAAUAUAAUGAUUUUAGAGCAUCAAUCAAAGUUCAAAAAAAAGCCAAAGAAUUUUAGUUUUUUGGUUCAUCAUUAGAAAGAUUCAGAGAGAUUUAAGAAAAAUCAGUUGGUCCAGGAGAUUAUAGAAUUGAAGAUUCUUCAUUCGAUUAAUUAGUAAAGAAAAAAAAUUAUACUAAUGCUACAUUUUUAAGUUCUACUGGUAAAGGUGAUUUAUUAAACUCUGAUGAAUAAAUGCCUGGUCCAGGAGCAUAUUAUGUUUAAAAUGAUCUAUAUACAGAUUUAAUUCGUAAAUAAGACAGAGGAAUUAAUGGAUAUUUGGGUGGAAAAGAGAAAAGAUUUUAUGAUAAACCUCCUCUUUGCAAAGCUGGACCAGGAAGUUAUGAUAUUAAUAAAGGAGAGAAAAAGAGGGCUGUGAGUUCUUGUUUUAAAUCUUCAUCUAAAAGAGAUGCAAUCAAUAAGAGUUGUGGUCCUGAAAUUGGAUAAUAUAAAUUGGAUCAAGAAUCAAUAGGAUAUAGAAUGUAAAAAUAAUUAAAAUUUUUAAAAAAUCUAUAAAAAAUAGAUGUGUAAAAACCUGGGUUUGAUUGUGCUGAACCCAGAUUUAAAGAAAAUUAAGAAAUAUUAUAAAAUAUGUCCUUUACUGAAUAAAAUUAAUAUCCUUCUACUUCUUUAAAAUAAAUAACUGCUCCAUUUAAAUCAUAAUAACCUCGUUUGGCAUACAUUAGAAGACAAUUCACUCCUGGAGUUGGUAAAUAUUAGGUUGAUUCCAAUAAUUGGAAAAUCAAUAGUUUUAAUACACAUUAUAAUAAAUUACUAUCCGACUCAUGA